UCGGUGUUCAGAGAAAAUGUCAGGUUAUACCAAAUUACUGCGGACAGUCAGCGUCCGCUCUGCCCGCGUUUAAAUACCGAGGUUCGAGACAGAGGGCGUGGCCCUAGUGGUGACGUUUCGUGUUUAUGUGAAAGCUAGCAGCGGUCGGUCUAUACAGUAACCUGCCAGACCUUCAAGCCGUGGACUGUAAACGUGUGCCAUAGCGUCACCCCUGCCUGGGUGCAAUGCUCUUCUGUUACACAUGAGCUCUACUAUGUGGUACAUCAUGCAAAGCAUUCAGAGUAAAUAUUCCCUGUCUGAGCGGCUCAUCCGAACAAUUGCAGCCAUUCGCUCAUUCCCACACGACAAUGUGGAGGAUCUUAUCCGUAAGGGUGCUGAUGUGAAUCGGAUGCAUGGCACACUCAAACCCCUGCACUGUGCCUGUAUGGUUGCUGAUGCUGACUGUGUGGAGCUGCUGCUGGAGAAGGGGGCAGAGGUAAAUGCUUUGGAUGGCUAUAAUCGUACAGCACUGCACUAUGCAGCAGAGAAGGAUGAGAGCUGUGUGGAGCUGCUGUUGGAAUAUGGAGCCCAGCCAAAUGCCCUGGAUGGCAAUAAAGACACUCCUCUUCACUGGGCCGCCUUCAAAGAUAAUCCUGAGUGUGUAAGGGCCCUGCUGGAGAGCGGGGCCUGUCCCAAUGCCCGUGACUAUAACAAUGACACACCUCUUAGCUGGGCAGCAAUGAAAGGCAACCUUGAAAGUGUCAAAGUGCUAUUAGACUAUGGAGCGCAGGUCCAUGUAACUAACCUGAAGGGCCAGACCCCUAUCUCCCGGCUGGUGGCCCUGUUGGCCCGAGGCCUGGGCACCGAACAAGAGGAAGAGUGUUUGGAGCUACUGUGUCGAGCAGCAGGGAGGUUUGAGAUUCGACGGGCCGACGGCACCCUUCCCAGGGAGCUGAGUAAAGAUCCCCAGCUGCUGGCGAGGCUGACCAACAUGGUGGCUCAGGCGCCCACGCUUCGCUCUCUGGCACGCUGUGCAGUACGGCAAAGUCUCGGAGUGCAAUUCCUCCCCACGGCUGUCAAAGAGCUUCCUUUACCAGAGACUAUCAAAGACUAUCUGCUGUUGAGAGACUGAGAAUGAAGCUGUUUCCUCAGACCUCACUGGCUCAUUAUUAAAGAGCUCAUCACACUGCGUUGCACACUGCAAGGAAGUGUCUGCACGGAAUUAAAGAGUUGUCCAACCUUUCUGCAAUUUAUUACAAUAUAUGUGAUAGGAGGAAUAAUGAACUUAAUGUAUUUUUCUUUACAAAAAAUCUAAAUACGCAGUGAGUGAAGUGCAGAUGAAUAUAUUUAAAUUUGUCGAAUCAAGUUGGCACCAGUUCAUUCUCCUCAUGCGUUGAGUAUCUCAAAGCCUGUUUUAAGGAAAUCUUUCUCACUUUCUUUGCAGAAAGAAAGUAUAACAUCAGGUUUAUUCAGCUCCACCAUAGUAACGGUGUAUGUUUUUGCAUCCAAUCAUCCAGCUGUUUUGGUUCAUGAAUAGUCAGAAAUUAAAGUUAUCAUCUUGCCUGCUAAAUUCACAGGAAGUAUGAAUGUUACUUUUUAAAAUGUAAAUAUAAUUUAAAAGAGUUUGCCACAGACAAUGAGGAAAGUCAUAAAUUACAGAAUGAGUAUAUGCUCAUUAUACCUUUUUAGAGUGAAACAAACAGUUGAUGAAUGAGGACUCAUGGCCAUUGGUGCAUGCUGUCCUGUGUCGUGUGAAGGUGGUUUAUAUGUUGGAGUUGGAGUGGUCACCUUUCUCUCAGACACCCUGAAGAGCUCACGCUGCAGUCAUUUUUGAUAUAACAAUAGAAGUAAACACAUCAGAUUUAAAGAAAACAGAGUGUGGGGGUUAACACAGCAAGAACGUCCUCGUUUUGAAUCCACUGGAUGGCUGGUGUGAAGUUUUCAUGUUCUCCCCAUGCCUGCGUGGUUUUCUCUGGGUUACUCCAGGUUACUCCCACGCUCUGAGAACAUGCAUGUCAGGUUAACUAGAGAAUUGGCUGCGAGUGUUCGUUUUUCUCUGUGUUAGCUCUGUGACAGACUGGCGGCCUGUUGGGGUUGCACCGUUCUUUUUGUCCUGUGACUGCAGGGAUGGAUAGCCCCACCCCACCAAAAAAAAUGUGAGGCUCAAAAAUGGAUGAAUGGAUAGAAGAAAACACUUGAGCAGAUUAGAAAUUAUGCCAGAUGGCAGCAGUUUUAUUUAUGUCGAUGCAGCAGAAGGUUGGUAACUAUUACUGGUUUCACAUGAUGUGCCAGGCACACUAACUUUGCCUCCAUAGUCUUUGGAAGUUAUUCUGCUCUAGCAAGUCUACAGUCUUGUGAUUUAGUAUUUAUUUGGUCUAUAUUUUAAUAAAAUGAAAUAAAAAGGUUCAGUUCCAGUUGCCAAUAAGGAAUAAAGUUGUUGUUUUUUGUUUUGUUUUUAUUAUCAGUGGAUGUUUUCAGUCUUAACUUGCAAAAGUUUGUGUUUCAAGGGUGCUCGCUGGUCCAACAUUUUGCAGGAUAUUUGAAAGUGACUUUAUUUUAAAUUGUUAUGUAUUAGGACCAUGAUAUGGCAUGAUGACUAAGUUUGUGUCUUUGAAGGAUUCACUAACUUGCAAUUUGUUAAAGCACUUGUCUACAAUCUGACAAUUUCUGUGCUUGAUUAUGUUUGCCUUUCUACAAAUGUGUAAAAGUUAACCUCUAGAUCAUGUCUUGUGUACACCAGCAAAGGUGCUUUUUUUUUCUUCUUCUUUGUAAACAUACUGCAAGUAAAUGCCUUUAUAUUCCAGCUCACUCUUUUCUCUCUGCUCUUCACAAAAAUCACACAUUGAUAGCUCAUAUAUAUCAAGUCACAAUUAAUUACAUCUAAUAGAGAAUACUUAAUGUCUAUACCUGUUAUUGACAGCGCUGUGAUUGCUUUACAAUAUGCAUAUACAACACAGGUUAUAUCUAAUAACAAACUGGCACAGUAAGCACUGUGACUGAUGACCAAACAUUCACAGUGACAGCGUUUUAAAACACAAGUCAUGAUGUUUUUUUAAAACUUUGUUCCUGCUUCUGGCAUGUCAAAUAUCUUUCAUUAAAGAGACCAUAGACCGAGUGCAAUUAUUAAAGCUCAGUGCAUGGCUACAAGCUACCAUGAACUGAACAUAACAU